AUGUCAGCGCACGCCGAGUUCGCCGAGCGACUAGAGGCGCUCUUCAUUACGGAGCUGCGGCGCCAAGGCGUCGCCGACACGGAGGGCUGGGCAGCAAAGCUCAACACCUACUGCAGCUACGUCCCAGCGACCUCUGCCGAUGACCGCAGCCGUGGCGCUGGUGACCAGCAAAGGACGUCGCCGUCGAUUGUGCUGGUGAUCGACAUGACCAACCUGGAGGUGGGCGACAAGCCUGUCGUGGCGCUUUGCGAGGCCCUUCUCAGGAUGGAGGGCCCGUCGUUGCGAGGACGCUACGCCAACGUGAGUGAGUGGCAGGUGCUCUGGCGGAGGUGUGGUCUAACAGACCGCGCUCUGCGUCAUAUCGAGCUGCUUCUGCUGGGGUGCCAACGGCUCACACUGUUGGACGUGUCAGCAAACACCUUAUCACCGGCGGGGCAGGCGAGUCUGCUGCACGCUGCCGCGGAGGUGCCGUGUGACGUGGUGAUCGCUGAGGAUGCGCGUGCCACGCACAGCGGCAGUCGGACACGCGAGGCCAGCGUCCCGUCUUCCUCGCUGUGCACCUCCCACCCACCCGAACUCGUCGAGCGCCAGCCCCAGAACCAGGCGAGCCGCCAUCACCGGCGCAGUGGCGGUGACGUUGAUGAGGCCAGAGAUGCCAGCGUCGCAAGUCGUGGAGCGAGCCAACAGCAGCACCGCAGUGGAACGCGGCAACAGGCCACGCCUCCGUCGGGACACGCAGCGGCUGCGGAGCCCCUGCGCCAGCGCUCAUCGUCUUUCAGCGGAGCCUCCGCCUCCGCCUCACUAUCGCUGCGCAGCUACGCAAGCGGCAGUGCCGAAGCUCUGCAGAAACGCCGUGAGGAGCUGUUUGGUCGUUUCACCACCGCCACGCAACCAUCAGCAGCGAUAGACCCGACCGAAUCCGCCGCCUCCGCGAGGGAUGCGCCAGCGCCGGCGGGAGGUGGGGACACCCAAAAAGGCGGCAGCGGCGGCAUCACUGCGGCAAACAAUGAUGUAGUCGAAUUCGAGGCAGCGAAGGCGACGACGGAGGACUCCCCGGCGAGGCCUUCCCCUGCGGCGGCCCAGCAGCCACAUCUGGAGUGGCGGCCUGGAGAAGAGCGCACCAGCGGAAACGUCAGCCACUCGCCGUUUGUGGCUGCCCCGGACCCUAAAGAGAGAAAGCCGCCCCCGCCUACCCAUCGCACACGCGGCAUGAAGGCGGCGAAUACGCCGGCCAUGACUGCCGCUGCAUCACGGGAGCCCUUCGCGGACCGCAACGACCAGAUCGACCUGACCGCGAACCUCAACCCGGCUCUGGACUGCGCCCUGGACCUCUCUGCACUCAUGACCCGCGAUGGCGCGCUGCGUCAGGUGCGCAUGUUCGGAGGGGCUCGAUCUGUGUGGGAUGUCCUAGAGGCUUACGAGCGUGCCACAGAACAGCAGAUGCACGGAUCCGUAUCGCACGGCGGAGAGGCCUGCGUGGAUGCAGCGACGAGAGCGAAGUUACCGUCUGCACUGCUGGGCGGGGCAACGUACAACGUUAUUACAGUCCUCAACCUCAGUCGAAACCACCUUACCACCCUCUGCGCGCUGCCGGCAGCACUGCUACGCCUCGACGUCAGCGUCAACGACCUGACAGAGCUGAGCGGGGUGCAAAAUUGUAAGAUGCUGACCGUUCUGAACGCGCGCCGCAACCGCCUGCGCGCCAUCCGCGGGCUGGAGAAGAACCGCAGCAUCGCACAUCUGUUCCUGGGCCACAACGGCAUCACUGCAGUCGAGGGGGUCGCCCACCUCGUACUCCUCGAGACGCUCGACCUCACGUUCAACGAGCUACGCACGCAGGCGUCGCUCCGGAUGUUGUCGCUGUGCUCAGCCCUGCGACACCUGCUGCUACGCGGAAACCCUAUCAUAGAAUCGGGCAAGCCGGGCUUCAUGGCCGUGCUGCGCAACCUGUGCCCCACCCUGCUCGUGGUGGAUGAACACCGGAUGGUGAACUCGUGUCUGGCAGACAGGGCCCUUGCCCAGCGCAACUGGGGUCGACAGCCAAACAUGAUCGACAACACGCAGCCGUACGCGCGAACAGAGACGCUUCGUGGCGUCAACAGUGUCGGUGCAUCGUCGUCGCUGCUUUCGCACACGGCCAUCACCGGUGGCAGUCCCUCUGUUGACGGCUCCACCAUGUCCUCGGUCGCCUUCACGUCGUCGAGACGGCGGGAGGGCAGUCGGCCGGCACCGUUUGCCGUCGGUGAUGACGACGUUGCGGACGAGCGGUCGAUGAACCUCCUGCACAUGCUAACGCGCGGGGUAUCGGCGCCCACUGGUUACGGCGACUCUGUACGCAGCCAACACGCAGCCCAGCAACUGGCGCAGACGCGGAGGGAGAAGGAGGCGCAGACGCAGAUGGAGCGGGAGCGACGACUAACCGCCAAUGGACGGCAGCUACGAGGAGUAGUUGUGAAGCAGCUGGCCGAGGAGUCGCGCAAGUACCUCGAGGACACCAUCGUGCGCCGCAUGACAACCGCGCAGCAGCAACAGCCGCAAGGGAGCCACAGCACGCUGCCCAGCGCUGGCGGCAGUGGCAGUGACGCCGCAGGUGCCCCCACGAGCGAUUUGAUGGCUCGCCGUGCCUCAGUGGAGCUCAACGCGUACGGUGGCGUGGCACACCCGGAGCUGAUGGAUAAUCCGCUGGCAGACGUGGUGGUCUACACUGCUGCCUUGCCAGAGAAGCGACAGCGCGCGACGAUGGAGGGCAACACGCGAGACAAGACGGAUGCCGAACUCCUUCGCCGAUACAAGCCACGUUCAGCGCAGCUGCGACGUGACCCAUCAGCGAAUCAACCGCAGUCAUUGGCCGUGAAAGCCUCGGCGGGGGCACCAUCCCAGAGGCACCCGCAGGUGCCACAGCGACGUGCUGUGAGUGCUGGUCACGCGCCAAGCCCGGCCGCCCGCGGUGGUGGUGCUCGUCACAGCUCGGCCGGGACGACUCGCAGACAGUCGGCACGACGAGCGCACCGUGACGACGAUGACGCUGCGCUGGCGACGCUCUACGCAGGCGACGCCAGCGAGCCCCUCCCAGAAGGAACCGCGCGAAGCGGCAGUGGCUCUUAUGCAGCGCUGCACGUCGCAGAGAAGAGUCAGUUGCGUUCCCUGGGAGACGCGGAGAUCGAGUGCUCACCCAUCUCCAAGGAUCCACAAGCACGGCUGGUGAGGUCGUUGAACACUACCGCAUCCAUCCUCCACGAUAGCAGCCACCUCCACCGUAUGAGCGACCCGCCGAACUCCGCUCACCUUCGAUCGCCAUCGCCAACGACGCAGAGGCGUCCAAGCCCUACCGCACAGGCGCGCCGUCAUCCCACACCGCAGAACUACAGAGAUCCAGCAGAGGUGGAGGUAACGGCUAUCUACCCAAGCAGCCACAGCCAGAGAUGCUCCUUGCCCGGGGGAGGCGGCGAUACGCAGAAGGCACAGCUACAGCACUAUAAACGCACACCAUCGCGCGCGAAUGCCCCUGCGUCGAAGUCGUCGAGUCAGUCAAGGUCUACCUCCGCCUCGGCCGCCGCAUCGCGCGUUGCCCGCAGUGACAGCGUUGGUGGCAGAGAGGCCCAGUGCAGUGCCGCUGGACCGUCGGUGGUAUCGUCCGUGGGGACGAGCGACCCCUUCUUGCAACCAAUACACAUUGAUGACGCUCAACGUGCGCGCGUCAAAGUGUGGACGCAGCAACUCCGUGACGACACGGACGCGCUGCAGGAUGCGCUGCAGACCCUCGUUGACCUCCUCGGGGCGCAGCGACACCCACACAUGUCCGUGCCCGAGUCGAGCCGCGAGCUGCCGCCGACGUACCUGCAGGAGCGGCAGCGGUGUAUUCAGAUCAUUCAGGAGAGCGGCAUGCUGCAGGACACAUAUGUGCCGAUGGACGUCAUCGUCUACUACGGCUUCAGCAAGGCUGAGCUCGAAGGUGAGAAAGAUCGAAGCGCGCAGGUUGUCACUCGCUGUGGCGGAAGCACGGAGGCCGACGAGCGGGCCAGGGCACGCGAGGUGGCAGAGCGCUCCGAUGUGCUGCGGCAGUUACACCUCAUGGGGGACGCGAAGACGUGUCUGCGAUACGUGGCGUUGCUCGUCGGCGACGGCCGUGAAAAGUUACUACAGCAGUACGUGGAUCAGUUGAGAGAAGGUCUGCGUGGUGCCUAG